AUGGCGUCGCCGAGAACGCAACCCCCAUUCAUCGAGUCGAGCCAGCCAGCUGGCGUUUCAAUCCAGGAAUUCCGGAAUCGAAUAAAAGCGCGCCUUACGGCUGUACACAACGCUUGGAUUGACCACCGCCGCCCUGAAACCAACCACCCGCCACCUCCAGUCCCGGAUGUUGGCAGCAUCAGCAGCAUCAGCACCAACAGAAUCAACCAUGCACAGCCCAGCAGUACACAUAUGCACUAUACCACGCCGAACACACCUAUAGCUGCUUAUACCCAACACCCGGUGACAAAGCCCGCCCGUCCUCCUCCACAUACGCCUCCAGCAAGUUAUUCGAUAUUCGAUAAUUCAUCUUCCAACUCCCGCUGCAAGCCCUCCUGCUUGCGCUUCAGUAAUUCUGGGCCUGCCAAUUUCUCGCGUCUCUGUCCCUCAUCAAGUGCCUCCAGUUCCUCCUCCUUAACCCCAGUCGACGAUGCAGGCGUGAACGGCGCAGUGCCCGAGUGCCGGAAGUCAACAUCCAUCACCCCCUGCGUAUACUUCAGAAGCAAAUUGGGAGACUGUCACUGGGGCUCUGGGAGGAGAGCCUAG